AUGCAAUCCUCACCACCGAAAGCUGAACCAGCAAUGGCAUCUUCUUCACAAAGCACGACCAGAGAUCCCCUCACCCUCCUCAAAUACAUAGAAUCCGAGAUUUCCUCCCUGUACACAUCCGCAUCAGCGAAACCCACAGACGAGACGCCUCCACAUCUCGCUCGAUCCAAGUAUCUGGACAUCCACACAGCGAUUCACGACUUCGACCUCGCAACAAAGAAGCGAGACUCUGCCAUCAGCGGCGAAUAUCUCUACCACUGGCUAGGCUCCCAGAUGAGAGACUACUGCACAAGCAUGCGAGGUUAUAUAUUUCGCGAUCAACACGAUGACAAUGAUGCGUCCUCUUCGCGUAACUUGUUGACCGCGUACCUGUCUUGUUACCGCAAAUUUGGAAGAUUGGCAAUCUUGGUGGCGAACUUGAUGCAAUGUUGGGAAAGACACUGGCUGCGCAGGGCGAAGGAUGAGAAGAAGAUAAGUGUUGGCUCUAUAGAGGAGUUGCAUAAACUUGUGUGGAGACAAGAGGUGCUAGAGAGUAUUGCGCGAGAUUCGGUGUCGAAGAAGGUGUUGGAGGAGUUACAUACUGCAAUGGAGGUGUUGGAGGAAACACGAUACGGGACGAGAGAGGGGGAUUUGAGGAUUGUCAAGGAUGUUGUGCAAUCUCUGUCUUGUCUUUACAAUCGAGAGUAA